AAACGAGUGAAUGAAUGACGUUUAAGAAAGGCGUGUCUAGCGAUACCACCUGCGGGUCGGAGGCGGAGCCACUGGAUGAUGAAUGGAGGGAACCAGAGGUGGCGGUAUGGACCUUUAACAACAUAAAACUAAACGAAGAAGAAGAAGACAUCACACCUGCGUGACGUCACAGCUAGAUUGAACUCAGGUGGCAAAUCCCGGAAAAACACAAACGACCACAAAUGCGCAGUUGCGUAAACGAAUAUCAUUUCAGUCAUAAAAGGGCGUGCACCAUGCCUACAGCUGACCGUGUUGGACUGACCCACUGUAAGUUUGUCCUGGUAUUGGCAGUCCUCCUGGAUCUUCUCGGGGUGUCUGCUCUUCUGAUCGGUGUGUUCGUGCCGCUUGAGGUCGGGGGUCGCGACUUUGGGGAUCUGUUGUUGUAUUCGGGAGCUCUGCUGGUGUUGUUGUCUAUGGGGGGCUGGGUGAUGUGGUACAGUGGGAAUAUUGAGGGUUUGAAAUCAGGAACUGAGCUGACACACAAACGCAACGCCGUGGAGCGGAUCGCUCGCACCCUGAGCCGCCGCAUACGGAAGCCCCACCGCGGCCGCAGCACGCCCUGAGCCCCGCGCGAGGCCAACAUCUCAGAUGGAAAAUGGAUCGAUAAGCACGGAUGAAGGCUGACAGAUACAGUAUGAUUGUUACAAUGUGGUGUUCGAUGCUACUACUACAAAAAACUAUGAAAUUGCAGUUAUGUGGAACUGUAGUGCAAUGUACAUUAUGAUUUUUUUUUUGGACACGUAAUUCUGUAUUUCUUUUUUGCAGCAAAACUUUUAUACAGUGUAUAUAAAUCUUCUGUUGUGCAAAA